UGAUCCAAACAUCAGAUACACCAAAACCGAUCGACAUGUUCAAAUUGUUUGCCACCGUCUUCGCCGCCAUCUUGGCUUUCGCUGUAGCUGCACCGGCACCCGAACCUAAACCCGGCCUGCUUGCGGCCGCUCCAGUGGCGUACAGCGCGUACAGCGCGCCGCUCGUGAGCGCAUACAGCGCACCAGUCGUUAGCGCUUACAGCGCACCUUUGGUGGCCGGCUACGCUUCUCCGUACGCUUAUUCCGCUUACGCUGCUCCCGCUUACGUCUUGUAAAUGGCGACUGUAGGUUAUUAGCACGGCGACGGCGCAUUCUCCCGGCUGAUCCGCAAGGUUAACGAUUUGGACUUUAUGAUUUCGAGACUUUUAGUUAAUAAAUUCUGUAAUAUAAACCAUUCGUUGCUUCAUUUAUUGCGUAUGUUAUUU